UGGAGGGCAGUGCGAAACACGUCUGUGAGAGAAGCAGAGAGGGCGAUGGAGUGAGAGACGGAGACUGAAAGAGAUUUGCUCUUACUAAGCAAACCGGCUCGGUCUGCUGUGUCCCCGCGCGGCUGUGGAAUUUAAAGCUGUGCUGGCAGUCUUACUUUCAGCUUCAGGAAAGCCACACUUUUUCUGUCUUCGGCUCAGAUAUUCUGCUUCACACAGCCACAAGCGUGCGGCAGCCGGACAACACAGCACAACUGAUGGUGCCGUCGCAGGUGCCCCCCACUACAACAUCCAUCCUUCCCAUGGACCUGCGUAUAGUAGACCACCCUCACCACCAUCAGCAGCCUUCCUUUGGUCUGGUUUCCCAACCUCACCCCACACCAGUGCCCUCUACAGCUUGUCCUGGGUCAUCUGAAGCAGGGCGUGGGCCUUUCAUAAACCACCAGGAGCAGCACUUGCAGCAGGAGCUGGUGACUCUAAAACACAAACAGCAACUCCAGAGGCAGCUGCUGAUUGCUGAGUUUCAGAGGCAACAUGAACAGCUGUCAAGACAACACGAAGCCCAACUGCAGGAGCAUAUUAAGCACCAACAGGAUUUACUGGCACUCAAGCAUCAACAAGAGCUGUUGGAGCAUCACAGAAAGGUGGAGUUGCAGCGUCGUGAACAGCAACUGGAGAAGCAGCAGAGAGAACAGAAGCUUCAGCAGCUGAAAAACAAAGAAAGGGGACAAGAGAGUGCAGUAGCUAGCACAGAGGUAAAGAUGCGACUACAGGAAUUUGUCCUGAACAAGAAGAAAGCCCUGGCUCAGCGAAACCUAAACCACUGUCUGCCCAGUGACCCACGCUACUGGUAUGGAAAAACGCAACAUAGCUCUUUGGACCAGAGCUCACCCCCCCAAACAGCACUCUCUGCAUAUAACCAUCCACUGCUGGGCACAUAUGACUCAAAAGAUGACUUCCCACUCCGCAAAACAGCUUCUGAGCCGAACCUGAAACUUCGUUCACGGUUAAAGCAGAAGGUGACAGAGCGCCGCAGCAGUCCUCUGCUUCGCAGAAAAGAUGGACCCAUCACCACUGCCAAGAAGCGAUCCUUAGAUGUAGCUGAGUCUGCAUGCAACAGUGCACCUGGAUCAGGUCCCAGUUCUCCUAACAACAGCUCCAGUAACAUCCCUAGUGAGAAUGGGAUCCUCAUGUCUAGCAGCCCAGGGGAGGCCUCUCUGCUUCAAAGGAUGGCUGUGACAGAAGGUUCAGUUAGUCAGCUGUCUCUUUAUACCUCACCUUCUCUGCCCAACAUUACCUUAGGACUACCAGCUUCCAGCCCAGCUAGCACUGUGGUGUCAGGGCAUCAAGAUGGUGAUAGUCAUUUGGCACUGCCUGCGUUACAGCAGGGCAUUCCACUGACCCCUCCUUUUUUUCCCUCUGCCCACCUGCCUUCCUACUUGGCAUCUUCAACACUGGACAGGGAGGGGGUUGGCGGGGGCACAGCUGGUCACAACCCUGUCCUUCAACACAUGAUACUAAUGGAGCAGAGCCACAGUCCAAUGGCUGGUUUAGGCGGCCUUCCACUACAGUCACCCACCAUCUCCAAACUAGUGCGGGGCCACCGUCCCCUGGGGAGAACCCAGUCGGCCCCUCUUCCUCAGCAGCCCUGCGGACAGGCACAGGCCCUGCAACAGUUAGUUGUCCAGCAGCAGCACCAGCAGUUUCUGGAGAAGCACAAACAACUAUUCCAACAGCAACAGCAGCAGCAGCAGCACAUCAUCAACAAGAUCAUUUCCAAGCCCAGUGAUCAGGUCUCAGCUGCAGGUUCAUCUGUGGCAGGCAGGCAGCAUCAGAGUCACCCAGAAGAGACAGAAGAGGAGCUCAGGGAGCACCAGGCACUCUCCUCAUCGUCAUCAUCAUCCUCCUCCACUUCUGCCCAGGAGGCUGGUUUGCUCCGGGGCUUGGUCAUCAAGCAGGAACCUCUAGACCCUCAACAGCAGGAAGACAGGGAACAGAGGGACAGACAAGCAGACCAGGACCUCCUAUUCAAACAGCAGCAGGCGCUGUUGUUGGAGCAGCAGCGACUCCACCAGUUGAGAAACUACAGAGCAUCGUUGGAAGCAGCAGGGUUAAAUGUCAGUGUUGCUGGCCACCGUCCUCUGUCCAGGGCUCAGUCAUCUCCAGCCUCUGCCUCCUUCCCCAUGGUUAAUCAGGAGCCUCCAGCCUUACAUAGAUUUACCACAGGUCUAGUGUAUGACUCUUUGAUGCAGAAGCACCAGUGUAUCUGUGGUAACACCACUUGUCAUCCGGAGCACGCUGGCCGCAUUCAGAGUAUCUGGUCCCGACUGCAGGAAACGGGCCUGAGGUCACACUGCGAGUGUGUUCGUGGAAGGAAGGCUACACUGGAGGAGUUACAAACAGUGCACUCUGAGACCCACGUCUUACUGUAUGGAACUAACCCACUACGGCAGAAAUUAGACUGUUCAGUGAAUCCUAUGUUUGUGAGGUUACCCUGUGGAGGCAUAGGGGUGGACAACGACACCAUUUGGAAUGAAGUUCAUUCAUCGAGUGCAGCUCGUCUGGCCGUCGGCUCUGUGGUGGAGCUGGUUUUCAAAGUAGCAUCAGGAGAGCUGAAGAAUGGUUUUGCUAUAGUUAGACCACCUGGACACCACGCAGAGGAGAGCUCACCUAUGGGUUUCUGUUACUUUAACUCGGUUGCCAUAGCGGCAAAGCUUCUACAGCAGAGGCUAAAUGUCAGCAAAAUCCUCAUUGUCGACUGGGAUGUCCACCAUGGUAAUGGCACGCAGCAGGCUUUCUACGGUGACCCCAAAGUUCUCUAUCUGUCUCUGCAUCGCUAUGACGACGGGAACUUCUUCCCAGGCAGUGGAGCACCUGAUGAGGUGGGCAGCGGACCAGGAGUGGGCUUUAACGUUAACAUGGCCUUCACUGGAGGACUGGAACCUCCCAUGGGUGAUGCAGAGUAUCUCGCAGCAUUCAGAACUGUGGUAAUGCCUAUCGCCAAUGAAUUCGCCCCAGACAUGGUUUUGGUCUCUUCUGGCUUCGAUGCCGUAGAAGGACAUGCCCCACCCCUGGGAGGAUACCAAGUCUCUGCCAAAUGCUUUGGCUACCUGACCAGGCAGCUGAUGGGUCUGGCAGGCGGUCGCGUGGUGCUUGCCUUGGAGGGGGGUCAUGACCUCACGGCCAUAUGUGAUGCUUCAGAAGCCUGCAUCUCUGCUCUUCUUGGCAAUGAGAUGGCCCCAAUUCCUGACGAGGUGCUUCAGCAGAAGCCAAAUGCCAACUCUGUGCACUCAAUGGAGAAAGUAAUCGAAGCUCACAGUAAAUACUGGCGUUCGCUGCAACGCUCCGCCUCCACUCUGGGUUCUUCACUGAGUGAAGCCCUCCAACAUGAUGCUGAUGAAGCUGAGACUGUUUCUGCCAUGGCCUCAUUAUCUUUCGCUAACAACAACAUUGGGAAGAGGACUGAAGAGGAACCAAUGGAAGAGGAAGUUCCAAUGUAAAGGAACAUGUUCAGCCUUUGACCACUCAGAGGAAUGUUCUUCUUUGACUACGUUUUAUACAGCCCAUCACAUCUGAUUUCCGGUAGAAUCCUCUCCCACGUUUUACCUCUGCCAUACCAUAAUGGCAGCUUUCUUUUGACAGGCAACAAACUGAGCUAAAAAAUGUGGUCCUCAGAGAGAGCGGAUGAUAUGAUUGAUGCUGUCAGCAAAGAGCGAUGCUUUGGUGAUCAGCUGUGCACUUGGUCACUGUCAGCAUAAUGUAUAGUAAUUAAUGAUAUUAGACAUGCCAGUUCUCUUAAAACACUAGAGAUGUCCUUUUUGACUGCCCGUCUUGACCACACGCAAAUGUUCUGCUGUCCUCUACUUUUCAUAUCAUUUUGUCUUUCUGUGCUUUAUCUUAAACUCCUUACCUUCAUCAAUACCACCAGAGCUAUUUGGAUUUUUACACUGCAGUGAGAAAGGAAACAAAGCUGGCAUAUUUUCUGUAUUUUUCCCAGAUUUUUUAAUAGUUGAAAUGUCAGCAAGUGUCUAGGAUUCCAUAAUUACUGUCAAUGAAAGACUGAGCCUUUGUGCCUUUUCCCCCUCUUUUCUCUGUGUUUUUUUAAUAAAAGAAAAUCACCCGGUGGAUUAUAUGUUGAAAUCCACUUAAAGAGCUUUGCCUUAAAUAUACAUGUUGGUUCAAGGCCUCCUCUCUCCUGCCCCUCAAACACUUCUAUCCUGACGAGACAUCAGCUGCCUGUAUAUUGUUGCCACAUAAACUGGAGAAACUUGACAUGUCUACCUAAACUUUUCUUCAAGUGGUUGACUGUCUUUCUCUCCAUUUUUUUUUUUUUUUUUGCAUAUUGCACCCUUUUCAACAUGGAAGGUAGUUCACAACCACAAUUUGGAAAUGUUUCAGUCGAUAAGAAAGUUAUCGUUGGGAUUUUUAUGUUUCUGUGGAUCACAUGAACAUCAAUUUUCCUCAGUUAAAAGAAGUUAAGUUUCAAGCAUUAUACAGUAUAAGCAGGACAUAUUAAAACUAGAAUCCUCUAUAUCUGGUAAUGGUUAAGUCAAAAUAUUGAAGAUUAUCCUCAUGUGUCAACCGUUCAUGCUUCCCCACAUGCAGAGGAGCAAAGAUUAAUAAGCAACAAUAACAUCGGUGUCACCUUCUGCAGAUGAUUCAAAGAAAUAAUUAAUGACAUAUCGGCCAAAUUCGUUAACUUGCCUGCCUUAAGAAAAACCUGUUUCGAAUGGUAAAACAUAGCAAGGACAAAGAUUAAGCAGCAACAGUAAUAUCGGUUUUACUUUCUGCAGAUUAUUCAAAGAUAUAAUUAACGACAUAUCGGCCAGGUCGUUUAACAAGUCUGUCUUAAGAAAAACCCGAUUCGAAUGGUAUUAAUGCCGAUACCCCCUGGAUUUUUCCAGAGGCGCUAACUGCUGGUUUAACAUCUUUAAACCCUUGCUAAGCACAGCUGCUCUCCAAAUGGCAGGUGCUUUGAAACAGGUGCAUGUAUAUGUUGUUCUGUUCACGCCGUGCUCAGUGAACAAAAGUUAAAAGUGGCUUUCCAUUUCAAAUAUUACUUUUUGACUUACCAGUAGGGAAUUUUUAGCUUCAUAUUCUUCUGCCCUGUAAAAUCAGAUUAUCUUUAUUGUAGAAUCCAAUAGAAAUGACAAUUGUUUUACUUACUUAAACCAGCUAUUUUUAUAUUUACAGAUUUGGUGGCUCCUCCCGCCACCGUGUUGCUACAGUAAACAAGUUUAGCCAAACAUUGUCUUCCUGUCACACUUUUAGAGACCAAAUCUAGUUUAAUCUCCAUGCUUGGAAAGAAUAAUGGGGUUUCGUCUGUUGCAAUUUGCAAUUUCCAGGUUCACCGCCAAAUGUAAACAAAAAAACUGACACAUGAUCUCAGACAUUGGAGAAUCAAGAAGGUGAAGGUUGUGUUUAAUCUGAGCAUAAAAUAGAAUAAUAAAAAUGUUUAAACUAGGAAUGCACAGAUAGAUUAACAUUAACUGAUGGCAGUCAUUUGUCUGUUUUGUCCUGGUUGUAUCACAUCUUUGACACAAUUGACGUGAUUGAUACUGUUGGCUAAAGUAAUUAGUUAAGCAACAAACUGUAAAGUGACUUACCCUUAGUUUAAGCAGUCUUUUUAAAACACUAAUUUCUUUCUAGAAAUAUAUUUAUGUAAAGGUUUAUCAUGAAGAUUUUUUUUGUGUAUUUGUAUGCAAUAAUUUGUGCUUAUUCAAAGAAGUGCAAAUUGAUGAAAUAUUGGUUUAUGCUUUAUAUUUAAUUUCUUUUACUCCAGCAUUUCCCGUGCAUUGAAGGGAAAAUAAAUGAACAAAUGACUGUUGACAGAAUUAUAUUUAACAUUGCCAUCAGUAUUGGUCUAGCAGUUCUCAAAAGGUGCACUCUUAGUUUAUACUAAAAUAAAAUGCAAGCUUUAUUUUUGUUCUUAGUUAAAAAAGUCUCAGUGAGGGAUGGGGGGGUCAGACUGUGACCGCUGCGGCCAGUGUGCAAACUUCCAGUCUGUAACCCUCUUUUCUACUUGUGCUCAGUCCUCCAUGUUACUACCUUUACUUCAUGUUAUUUUCCAGUGAACUGAGGACAUAGCGCUGUGGUGUUUACUGUUGUUUACUGUGCAUAUCACAAUGAUCUCCUGAGGAUUCCUGCCACAUACAUCACUGACUAAUUAAUUCUUUCCAUUGUUGAACUUCCUUUUGUUGCCCUUCUAAGGACUCUGAUGACUUACUUUUCUUAAAUGUGUUUGUGUUUUUUGUACAUGCUGUCCACUCUGCCCUGCAGUUACAUUGUAAAGCUGACGUACUUCACAAGAGAGUAUGGCAGGGAUGUUUUUCUUAUGUGCACAUCACCUGGAUAUUUCUCUGCUUUUAGGAUUUCUGUGGAAGCGUAGGGAUGACAAUGUUUCCACUUUGUAAAAUGAUGGAUAAUUGUGUAUUUACUGUUUGUUCAUAGCAGAUUUAUAUAUUAAAGAAAUUAGUAUGUUAAGUGUAUAUAUACACACAUACAUCAUGAAAUGCUUUGACUUUGAUAUUGAAGUUGGUAUUGAAAAAUGAUACUUUUCAUGGGUCAAACACGCCCCUGUGAGGGUGUAAACUGACGGCACCAUUUGUUGUUUUCGGUUACAAUUGUCUCUAGCAGCUUUUUUUUCACACUGUCUUGUAUCUUUUGACGGCGAUGACAUUAUUUAUCCCACUGGUACCACAGCACUGUUACAGGAGGGAUGCAGUUGCCCUCAUGUCUGCCACACAAAUUCAUGCACAUAUCUACCAUUCCAUACAUUUUAAUGUUGUAUGUCUAGCUGUAAAAAAAAUACUGAUCUUGGGCAGAUUCACUUGGCUUUAAAUGUUUUAGAGAUUGUCAGCUCAGAAUUAAAAAUUCAUAAUUUUGUUUUUUCUUCCUUCAAGGUUUAAAAGUCAAGGCUGAAACAGCUUUGAAAGAGUGAAGGAGAGUUAAGUUUAAAUUAUAAUAAGGUCACAUGAAAUCACUUAACUCUGAUCCAAAAUGAUUUAGUUUUAAUUUGAAUCAGUUUUUCUUGUAUAGUCAUGUAUAAUCCUCCGUAGCAUGUGAGCAAUGCUUCUAGGACUUCAGAGUGGCCUCUGGUUUAACAGGACUGUGCCUGCAUUUUAGAGAAAGACUAACUGUUUCAGACAGCAUCACAUCAAUAUUUUUCUCAAAUGACACUAACAUUCUAUUGCUAGCUUUUAUUUCAAGUGGAAAGUUUUGUAAAAAAAGACAAAUGCCUAUUGUGAAUAUGAUUACAUAUCAUGUGCUGAUAUUUGAUGAUUGUUUUUUUCCAAGAAAUACCAGCCCUGAACCUUUGUGUAGCACUGCCAGUCUGGCUUUCCUACUGUUAAAUGCUUUGAUUUCUCAAAUGCAGCCAAAACUAUCAGAGUGAAGCUAUUUUGGCCAUCUGUCUUCACAGUUAGUCUUAAAACAAUGUCCAGUUACCAAAAAAAAAAGAGAAAAAAGGCAACAUUCCAUUAUAUUAGAAUUUCCAUUUAUUAGAAGCCUGGACUGCUUUUGUAAACCCUCAUAGCUCCAAGAGCUGUUGGUUUCUUUGGGUGGCCUAGUCUUCACUCCACUCCUCUUUUCUUUCUGCAUGGUCUGUAUGUUUGCAUGCACUGCCUGUCUGUGUGUCUGUCCCUUGCCCCGUACCAGCAGGAGGGAUGGAGCACUGAAGGACAUUAUAACAUUUAUUGUAAUCCUGAAUGUCUUAUUCACUGCGGUUCAGUUUCUCGGUUGGUGGGGCUUGGAUGUUCUCCAUUUUGUUCUUUUAUUUGUAGCAUAUUGAAUUAUCAAAUCUAGAAGACAAGGUGAAUAUUCUAGAAAAAAUAAUUAUCUAGCACAAAUAAGAGAUUUUAUCGUAUUUAUGUAGACAAACAAACUGUACGAGUAGGGUGCUUUGUAAACUGCAGCAAAAGAAAGGGCAUUGUUUUCAUUCUGAGCAAGAUGGAACUGUUUUUGGGAAGACAUUUUCAUUCCUUGUUACAUCUGGACUUAUAAGGGCUCCAUCCAGAUGCAGGGUCAUUGUGACGGCAGUCCAUUCCAGUAAAUAAGCCAGUUUUCUCUAAGACCACUGUGGUUAAAGUAAACAAACAGCUUUAGGUUUACAUAUGUAUUAAAUGCAUACUCUUUUUUUUUAAACAGCUAUGUUUUUGACUUAUUCUGGCAAUGUUACUGAAAUGAUACAUUUUUCUCUGGAAAAUUUUGCUCUAACAUGUUGUCUUUGACAUGUACAGUAUAAAGUAUUGUUUUGGAA